GUGUGCAUCUCUGUCUGUGUCUCAGUCUCUCUGUCUCUAACUCUUACUCUCUCUCUCUCUCUCUCUCUCUCUCUCUCUACUUCCUACCCAUUUCACAGUACACCCACAUUGCGCACACACCAGAAGACCCUUACUUUCUCUUUCUAAAUGGCUGAAUCUCACUCGAGAAGAUGAAGAUACCCAGCAAGCCCCGGCACCUCUCGCCAACGUUCCCACCGCCGGACUCGGAUCUUCACCUCCACAGACCCCCCACCACCCGUAAGAAGACCCGGGCACCCGGUUCGGCCAGGUUGAAGCGGGCCGGACUUCCGACCGGAAAGCGGAGCCGACCGGAGACGCCUUUGCUCAAGUGGAAGAUUGACGAAGGCCCAAAAGAGCGCCAGGGACAUCGGGAGAGGCGAAAGGACCAAAAUGCCCGUGAGGAGGAAAGAGAGGACGGAGUGAGGAGAAAGGGCAGGAAGGGAAGAGAGGCCCCCUUGUCGGCCAGGAAGCUUGCGGCUGGUCUGUGGCGGCUACAGUUACCGGAGACGGGUUCCAGUGUACCUGGACGUAAUGGGAAGCUAGGGUUUCAGCCUGACGUUGGCCAUAUUGGGGUACCAUUUCUCCGUAAUCGUAACAGCAAAGGAUAUGCUUCUGAAGCAAAUGAUCUUUUACAAAGCCCUAGGUCCACCUCAAGGAAUGGGUUCUUGUCCAAGUUAUCCAACUCUGUCAUGGAGGGGCAAACAAAAUGGGAUCCAGUCUGCUUGAAAACAUCGGAUGAGAUACGGCAAAUUUACAGCCAAAUGAAGCUUCUUGACCAACAAGUGAGUGCUGUAUCAGUUGUAUCUGUACUUGAAGCUGAGCUAGAGCAGGCACGAGCUCGCAUUCAGGAGCUUGAGAUGGAACGGUGUUCCUCAAAAAAGAAACUUGAGCACUUCUUAAGGAAUGUCAGUGAGGAAAGAGUUUCAUGGAGGAGCCGAGAGCAUGAGAAAGUCCGCGCAUUUAUUGAUGAUAUCAAGUCUGAAUUGAACCGGGAAAGGAAGAGUCGCCAGAGAACUGAGAUACUCAAUUCCAAAUUGGUUAAUGAGCUUGCUGAUGUCAAGUUAUCAGCAAAGCGAUACAUGCAGGAGUACGAGAAAGAAAGAAAGGCCAGAGAAUUGAUUGAGGAAGUUUGUGAUGAGCUUGCUAAGGAAAUUGGAGAAGACAAAGCUGAAGUUGAAGCACUGAAGAGAGAAUCCAUGAAACUCAGAGAGGAAGUGGACGAGGAAAGGAAGAUGUUGCAGAUGGCAGAAGUCUGGCGUGAGGAACGUGUCCAAAUGAAGCUGGUUGAUGCAAAGGUGGCAGUUGAGGAGAAGUAUUCUCUGAUGAACAAGAUUGUGGCAGAUCUGGAGAAUUUUCUGACGUCAAGAAGUGCAACGCCAGAUGUGAAGGAAAUGAGAGAAGUAGAAUAUCUGCGACAGGCUGCUGCUGCUGUAAAUAUUCAAGACAUCAAGGACUUUUUUUAUGAACCCCCCAAUCCUGAUGAUAUCUUUUCUGUGUUCGAAGAAGUUAAUUUCGGUGAGCCUAAUGAGAGGGAGAUUGAGCAGUGUGUUGCUUACAGUCCUGCUAGCCAUGGUUCAAAAAUUCGUACGGUGAGUCCUGAAGGCAAUGGAAUCAUUAAGGACCGGAUCCAGAGACAUCCAGUUGCAUUUGUUGGUCAUAAUGGUGAUAUAGAAGAAGAUGAGAGUGGUUGGGAAACUGUGAGCCAUCUCGAGGAUCAGGGCUCAAGCUAUUCGCCAGACGGGAGUGCCCCAUCUGUCAAUAAGAAUCGCCGAGAGAGUAAUGUCUCAGAGAGUGGAACAGAAUGGGAAGAAGAAGUUGAGGGAACACCAAUUACUGAAAUCAGCGAGGUUUGCUCGGUACCAACAAAGCAGACGAAGAAGGUAUCAUCAAUAGCAAGGCUUUGGAGGUCUGGCCAAAACAACGGGGAAAACUACAAGAUAAUCUCGCUAGAGGGAAUACACGGUAGGCUUUCGAAUGGAAGGAUAUCCACUAGGGGUCUGGUAUCCCCUGAUCGGGGUUCGGGUAAAGGCGGGCUUAGCCCCUCUGAUUUAGUGGGGCAGUGGAAUUCUCCUGAGACGGGGCAUCACAUUCGGGGUAUGAAAGGGUGCAUUCCACUGGGCGCCCAGAAGCAUAGUUUGAAGGCAAAGCUUUUGGAGGCAAGGUUGGACAGUCAUAAGGUCCAACUGCGUCAUGUGCUUAAACAGAAGAUCUAGUAGUGAGGCAGAGUUUGCUCAUAAAACGAAACUGAUAAACCCAGGCAAGAAUAAGUAGUUCCAUUUCUCACCGCGCAAGGUACAACUUCCUGCCACUAGGAAAUGCUCUAAGGCGGUCGCAAGGAGUCUCUGAAUAAAAUGCAGAUGAUCAUGGACUCCCACGUUUGGUUUCGGGGGUCUUUGCAAGCGAUUCAGAAAGCGCGAGUCAUUAUUUGUAUCAUUUCAAGUACAGAGGACACCAUUUGUUGAAAAUGGUAGACGAAGAACGAUAACAUUUCCUCCGUCUGUAAUAUGAUGUAUUUUGUUAUGAGAAAUGUUUCAUUUUAGUUUCUUAUAGGAAAUGGCAAAUCUGUGGUCCAAAA